AUGAGUGGCCGAUUACAUCAAAAUGAUUGUGUUGCCGAAAGUAGUAGUCAAGUUAACAUUGAAAAUAACGAACAAAAAUUAUUGUUAGACAAUAUUACUAUUGAAAGAAAAGAAUUACAAUCCAGUAGCAAGACUGAACAGAAUGAAGUAAAUGAAAAUCUUCAACAACUAUCAAAAGAUUUACUACUCCAAGAAGAUACAGAGAACAAAAAAGUACAGGACGAUGAAAUUGAUUAUGACGAUCCAGGUAAAUGGCAAAAUAUUACAGAUAAAUUACGAGAUUAUUUAAUAGAGAACUCGCCUUCAAAAAUUAUAAAUUAUAAUUUUCCAUCAAACGACGAAGGUAGAAAAUUCAACAUAACACAUUAUAAUCGAAUAAUGGGCAACGGUGAAAAAGUGGUAAGAAAUUGGCUUUUAUAUUCUAAAUCUUUAAAUCGAGUUUUUUGUCUCUAUUGUCGUUUAUUUUCUUCAAACUCAACUUCAUCAUUGGCGUCAGAAGGAUUUUUUAAUUGGAAACAGAUAAGUGAACGUUUAAAAGAGCACGAAUUAUCUAUUUCACAUAAUAUAGCUCAAGAAAAAUGGCUACAACUACGUAUGAGACUUAAUCUCCAUACAACUAUAGAUAAUGAUAUUCAAAGAAACGUAAAUAUUGAAAAAGAACGUUGGCGUAAUAUUCUUAAACGAAUUAUUGCAUGUAUAGAAUUUUUAGCAGAGCAUAAUGACGCUUUUCGUGGUACAAGUUCUAAGUUAUAUACAACUAAUAAUGGUAAAUUUUUAGGCUUACUUCAAAUGAUUGCAAAAUUUGAUUUAAUUAUGGCUGAUCAUUUAAAACGUGUAUAUAAUAAUGACAUCCAUGAUCAUUAUUUAGGUCCUAGGAUACAAAAUGAACUUAUUAAUAUUAUUGCCACAAAAAUACGUGAUGAAAUAAUAAAUCGAGUAAGACAAAAGGAAAUAAAAGCACAAUUGAAACUAAUGAAUAUAGAUUUAAAUAAUUGUCGUGGCCAAUCGUAUGACAACGGGGCGAAUAUGAUAGGUCAUCAUCAAGGAGUGCAGUCAAGAAACCUUUCUGAAAACCCAAGAGCUUUUUUUGUUCCGUGCACUGCUCACAGCCAUAAUUUACUUCUCGGAGAUAUGGCAUCAUCCGUACCAGCUGCUAUGACAUUUUUUGGGGUAAUUCAAAGAAUUUAUUCUAUUUUUGCUGCCUCUACUGAAAGAUGGACUAUUCUUCUCAAAUACGUUUCAGAUUUUACACUAAAACCAAUGUCAGAUACUAGAUGGGAAUCUCGGGUCGAAUCGGUUAAGCCUAUCCGUUUUCAAUUAUGCCAUGUACAUGACGCUUUAAUAGAAAUUAGUGAAUCAACGAAGGAUCCUAAAAUAAAAAGUGAAAGCUCGUCAUUAGCAAACUAUGAAUUUUGUUAUGACUUUAUUUUAAGUGUUGUUAUUUGGUACGAACUGUUAUCUGCUAUAAAUAAUGUUAGUAAGAGUCUUCAGAGCAAAAAUAUGGAAUUAAGUAAUGCUGUACAGUUGUUGAGUGGUCUUAAAGAUUUUUUUUAUAAUUUUAGAAAUGAAGGAUUUGAGUCGUCAAAAAAAAUUGCGCAAAAUUUAUGUGAAGGCCUUGAUAUUCAAGCAGUUUUUAAACAAUCUAGAAUUAAAAAAAAAGUUAGGCAGUUCAAUUAUGAAAGCAAAGAUGCACGUCUAAAUUCAGCUGAGCAAACAUUUUACGAUGAUUAUUUUUUAGCCGUAAUAGAUCAAGCAAUCGUAUCAAUUAAUGAACGUUUUGAACAACUAUCUCAUCAUUCAGAAUAUUUUGGAUUUUUAUAUAAUAUUGAAAAUUUAAAAACAUUUGACGAAGAAACGUUAAGAAAACAUUGUAUGGAUUUAGAAAUUUUAUUAAAAGAUGGUGAAAAUAAUGAUAUAAAUGGUAUUGAACUUUUUGACGAAUUAAAAAUUUUUUGUAGAAUUUUGAACAAACAAAUGACUUCUAUAGAAUGUCUUAAUUUAAUAGAAACAACAUGUGGCUCAUUUCCAAACAUUUCUAUUGCAUUGAGAUUAUUAUUGACCCUUCCGAUAACCACAGCAAGCGCAGAGAGAAGUUUCUCCAAGUUAAAAAUCAUAAAAAAUUAUUUAAGGACAUCUAUGACACAAAAUCGUCUUUCUGAUCUAGCAAUUAUUUCAAUCGAACGUGAUCUGUGUGAAAAUUUAGAUUAUGACGAUAUUAUUAAAAAAUCAUUCAGGCUACUAGAUGGACUUAACUGUAUUAAUGACUCAUCAAGCUCGAGAUACAGAGCUCAAAUUUUGCAAGUAAAUGCUAAAUAUAGCCUAUUAAAGUUUUAA